AUGUUUGUGUUCAAGCGAGAUGGACGCAAGGAACGCGUGCAAUUCGACAAGAUCACAGCUCGUGUGUCCAGGCUGUGUUAUGGCCUCGACACUGAUCAUGUUGACGCCGCGGCCAUUACGCAAAAAGUCAUCUCUGGUGUGUACCAGGGUGUGACCACGGUGGAGCUAGACAACCUGGCUGCCGAGACUGCCGCUUAUAUGACGGUCACGCAUCCCGAUUACGCUGUCCUCGCCGCUCGUAUCGCCGUUUCCAACCUACACAAGCAGACGAAGAAGCAAUUUUCUGCCGUGAUUGAAGACCUCUAUCAUUAUGUCAACCCGAAGAACAAUAAAGCGGCCCCUAUGAUUUCUACUGAGAUAUACGAGGUCGUGAUGAAACAUGCCGACGAGUUGAACUCGGCCAUUGUCUAUGACCGGGAUUUUAAUUACCAAUAUUUUGGAUUCAAGACUCUUGAGCGCUCUUAUUUGCUCCGGCUUAAUGGCAAGAUUGCUGAGCGUCCUCAACACCUAAUCAUGCGUGUUGCUGUUGGUAUCCACGGUGACAAUAUUGAAAAGGCCAUCGAGACAUACAAUCUGAUGUCUCAGAAAUACUUCACACACGCGUCCCCGACUUUGUUCAGUGCUGGCACGCCUCAACCACAGCUCGCCUCCUGUUUCCUUGUGGAUAUGAAGGAUGAUAGUAUUGACGGCAUUUAUGAUACGCUUAAGACAUGUGCUAUGAUCUCCAAGAAUGCUGGUGGUAUCGGUCUUAAUGUUCACCGUAUUCGUGCUACUGGUUCCUACAUUGGAGGAACGAAUGGCACUUCAAACGGUCUCGUUCCUAUGCUCAGAGUCUUCAACAACACCGCUAGGUACGUUGACCAAGGAGGUAACAAACGCCCUGGUGCAUUUGCUAUCUACCUGGAGCCGUGGCACUCAGAUGUCUUUGAGUUCCUCGACCUUCGUAAGAACCAUGGAAAAGAAGAAGUCCGUGCCCGUGAUCUUUUCUACGCUUUGUGGACUCCUGACCUUUUCAUGCGCCGUGUGGAGGCGAACAAGGACUGGACUCUGUUCUGUCCAAAUGAAGCCCCAGGUCUUGCCGAUGUCUACGGUGAAGAGUUCGAUGCUCUUUAUGAGAAAUACGAAAAGGAAGGUCGCGGCCGCCGUACUGUGAAGGCCCAGAAACUCUGGUAUGCCAUCCUCGAGGCUCAGACUGAGACUGGUAAUCCUUUCAUGCUUUACAAGGAUGCUUGCAACAAGAAGAGCAACCAAAAGAAUCUUGGCACUAUUCGCAGUUCUAACCUCUGUACCGAGAUUAUCGAAUACUGCGCUCCUGAUGAAGUCGCUGUUUGUAACUUGGCUUCCCUUGCUCUGCCUACUUUUGUUGAUACCGCUCGCGGUGAAUAUGACUUUGGCAAACUUCACGAAGUCACCCAGGUCCUUGUUCGAAACCUCAACAAGAUCAUCGAUAUCAACUAUUAUCCCGUCCCUGAGGCCAGAAAGAGCAAUUUCCGCCACCGUCCUAUUGCAGUUGGUGUCAAUGGCUUGGCUGAUGCUUUCCUUGCUCUCCGUCUGCCAUUUGACUCUGCAGAGGCCAAGCAGCUCAAUAUACAAAUCUUUGAGACCAUCUACCACGGUGCAUUGACAGCUUCCAUAGAGCUUGCCAAAGAAUACGGCACCUACGAGACUUACAAGGGUUCUCCUGUCUCUCAGGGUAUCCUCCAAUUUGACAUGUGGGAUCGCACUCCAACAGAUCUUUGGGACUGGGAUUCCUUGAAGGCUGAAAUUAGCCAGCAUGGUGUCCGCAACAGUCUUCUUGUUGCUCCUAUGCCCACCGCUAGUACCAGCCAGAUUCUAGGCUUCAAUGAAUGCUUCGAACCUUACACCUCGAACAUCUACUCUCGUCGUGUCUUGGCUGGCGAGUUCCAAGUGGUCAACCCAUGGCUCCUGAAGGACCUGGUUGACCUCGGUCUCUGGUCCGACAACAUGAAGAACCGCAUUAUAGCUGAAGGGGGAUCUAUUCAAAAUAUCCCCAACAUCCCCGCUGAUAUCAAGGCUCUCUAUAAGACAGUCUGGGAGAUCUCUCAGCGAACAAUUCUUCAAAUGGCUGCGGAUCGCGGUGCUUACAUUGACCAAUCGCAAUCGCUCAACAUUCACAUGAAAGAGCCUACUAUGGGCAAGAUUACCAGCAUGCAUUUUGCCGGUUGGAAGAUGGGUCUAAAGACCGGAAUGUACUAUUUGCGUACAAUGGCUGCCAGCGCCCCUAUCCAGUUCACAGUUGACCAGGAGCAAUUGAAGGUUGCAGACACCAAUGUUGCUCGUAGCAACGGCAUUGGCAAGAAGCGGUCACCAGCCCCCGCAGCAUUCAAUAACAGUUAUGCUUCUGUUCCUCGUCCUAUGUAUGACCAGAAGCCAGUAGCUCCUGCUGCUAACCCGGAGCCAUUGCAGCCUGUCUCGGCUUCUCGCGUCAAUGGCGCUGCUCACUCUGAUCUUACUCAGGACAAGGUAUCUCAAGAAGAGACAGGAGAACAAGGACAAGAAGAUGCUGGUGAAGACAACGACACAGAACAAGACAUUUAUGCACAGAAGGUCCUUCAAUGCAGCAUUGAGAACAAGGAAGCAUGUGUUAUGUGCAGUGGCUAA